UUAUCGGUCUGCAGCUAAGCUCUGCAGGGCAACGGACCAGCAGCAGGGUUGGGCACCAGCCCAUUGUAGUAGCGUUCUGUGUCUUAUUCAAGACCUAUUACAUUUAAUGUUGCUAGUUCAGUUAUACUUUAAUUCUGAACCAUCCAAAGUGUUUUAUAUCAAAAUUUGUGGUGUGUUUCAUGUCUCGCCUCCCUGCCCCUCUUGUUCUCUCCCUAGUCUGGCUCUAAAGGGGUCACACCUGUUGCUUGUUUGGUCUUACCUCUUGUUAUCGCCCUCUUGUGGAUCACCCCAGGUGCCACUCUAAUGUGCCUUUUAUAAAAUGUCUUUCAGUCCUGCACUCCCCAUCCUGGUCAUUGAUGUCGCCCUAGUGUAUGUUCCAGUGCUUUGCCUUUUGUUUGACCCCAUGUUGUCUGCCUUUUGUUUGACUCCAUGUGGUCUGCAUUUUGUUUGACCCCAUGUGGUCUGCAUUUUGUUUGACCCCAUGUGGUCUGCAUUUUGUUUGCCCUGUUCCCAUAUCCUCAAUAAAACGGUUAAUGUUCCGCCCUCAUGCCUGCCCCAGUCUCCUUCGUGUCAAAACGUGACAGUGUGUGUCAUGUAUUUAUUAUAUUGUGGGGGCCAAAUAUCCACGAAAUGUGAUAAAAGAAAAUCUGUUAUUUUGACAUCGUGAGGACACCUUUUCAGUCCCCACAAGGGGAAACCUAAUUUUACAAAAAUCUGUGACUGCAAUCAAAAAACUAAAAAUGUCAAAAAAGUCUUGUAUUUUGUUUGGUUACUUGUGGUUAAGGUAAGCGCUGGAUUUAAUGUUGUCAUUGUUAGGAUUAUGGUUUUCCCAUAGAAAAGAAUGGACCGUCCCCACAAAAGUAUGAACGCAAACGCGUGCGCACGCGCACGUGUGUUACUAAUAAAGUAAAUACGUCACUGAAGAGCGUUUUUGCCGAAGAGAUCGCAGGUUUACGAAGCAGAAACCGGAUGAAAACGAAGCGAUGCAGUGCUGAGGUCUUCGCGUCUUUUGGACAGGCGGCUGAAAUAAACUGCUCAUCUAAGUCGCCUCAUCUAUUCCAGUGUUUUAGUCCAGAAAAGCCCUGGGACUGAGAUGCCCAAAUUCCAGAAUUCCAGCAAAUCCGGCUCUGGUCCACAUUACGUGUGGGAAUAUGAAUAUUACGACGAUGACGAGCCAGUGUCAUUCGACAACCUCACAGCGCACAGAUGUAUGUCCUGUGAUUCAGUUGUGAUCGGCUUCUGGGUGGGCUUGGCCCUUUUUGUCAUCUUCAUGUUCUUUGUCCUGACUCUCCUCACCAAGACGGGGCCACCACACCAAGAGAACCAGGAUACAUUUGAUAGGCAUUGCCGUCCAUCCAGCUGCAUGGUGGACUUUAGGCAUCCACAGGCCCCAGACAACAAGGCCUGCUCCCAGCCUCUGCUGGACGAAUCUCAUUCGCUCAUCCACUGUUUCAUUCAUGAGGAGGAGGCAGGCAGGACGGCUGAGGGCCAUGGCCAGUGGAGAGACGCGAAACAGUGUGUCUGCAGUGGCUCACAGCAGGCCCAGGCGAAGUGCAAGGUCGAGCGGGACACAAGCUUCCUGACACACUGCAACAUCCCCAACUUUGUGAACUCGGAGUACAGCUCAGCUCUGGGGGACGAUGACUUACUGCUGUGUGAUCAACCAGUUCUCCUGGACAGCAACUCCCCGUCGUCCAACAACUAUCACCAUACCAUGUAAAUAACAUAUGGCUGUAUGUGGGGAUGUGGUAAAAUCCUGAUAUUGAUACAUACCUAUGAGGAGGGGGAGCGUCAUAUGACCAUGGGGGUCAAGGGUACCUUCUAAACUUCUGUUCUGUUUUACUUGGGGGCACCUGGCUCAGACCCAGCCCCAUUGUUUUGUCUGGACUGUUGUACUAUGCAGAUCCAUCUGCUCUACUGCUGUUUUCCUGAAAACAAUUUUCAAUAAAUCUUUCAGUCAUUGUG